GGCAUCUCAAAGACCUCGGUCGCCGUCCAUAUCAGGCCCCUACCCCUGCCUUGCUUCAUCCUCGUGUUCUCUUCCCGGCGCGCCCUUCCCCCGUCUCCUCUUUGCCGGGGUUAUCAGCGACGGCUUUUAGGGACGCACACGGAAGCCGCGGCGGAUCAAGAAGGAGCUCGCCCCCAUGCGGACGGCAGGGCGCCGACGGCCUGAUGAUGGGCAGGCCGAGUGUGAACGCGUCAGGUGGCCGGCUGUGGGGGUUGUGACUGCACUUGGCCGUAGGAGAUCAGGUGUCCAACCAUUAAUUUUUCAUGAGGAGACGUACCUAAUUUCAGGACUACAUGUCAGUUAUUCAGUUUGUGGCAGGAGCAUAAAAGGGGACAAGAUCACCUCAGAGUGCCCUCUAACACGAAGAUCCCAACGUAUAGGAGGGCCUAUCCAACCAGGAGGAGGUGGCCGCAGAAUCAGCACCGGUGACAAUCAUGGUGAAUGUGAUGUGCUUGGCGUGGUGGCGGUCCCCGGAAAAGUGGAGGGCCGCCGCCGUGGUGCUAGACUUGGAGCAUGCAUGUGUCGGUUAAAAUGUGGCAGCAACCUGGUUAUCUUACACGAUAUUUGAAAGUGUUUUCCAUGACCCAACAUUUUUGGUGAGUUCAGUUUUACUAAUUUAUUCUAUGUAACUUCUCUGUUCUUAUCAAGUUGGAGUUGAGGAAGUAAGCUUCUGGGACAGGGUACCAUGCAUGAAUGCCCAAACUGUCAGUACUUAUCUUGCAUCAUCAUGUUAAUUAAUCUCAUUGAGCUUUAAUAUUCCUUUUAUCAUAUGUAUUAUCUUGGUGCAAGCAGGUGCAAAAUGACUAAUGCAAGGCAACCGUGACAUGAUUUGCGCUGUAAGAUUGUUGGACCAGCUAUUUUGAGCAAACGUCGGAGAAAGGCAUCCAAAUUCAUGGAUACUUAGUCCUUCGACCAAUGUUCCAAAUGAUCAUGUCAGUUUGCGGGUUUCAAAAGAGGAAGAUCAUGAAAAUUGGCAUUAUUUGUGCUGCUUCUUUUUCUGAAUUAUCCGCAUCACAAUCACUUGAGUGUACUGUUUUUGCAGUUUUCAAACCAUCCAUUAUUGACACCUACAGGAAUCAAUAUUAAUGUUUUUUAUUUUAAAAGUGAAUUUUACAAUAAAUGAACAAAGGAGCAAGGGACCAUAGAGCACUGCAUUGUUAUUUCUGGUUAUCUAGACUAAUUGAUGCAAGUUUGUAUCGGCAUGGUAUAUUACCACGGUACCACCCAAGUUUUGGUUGUGUAUUGUAGUUUAUUUGUUGGCACAAGUACACAAGCUGAAUUUCAUGAUGCAUACUUGCAAUCUUGCUCGGUUGUUGCGAGGAACUUUCGUCUAUUUAUGUUUUCACUAUAGAUUUAGAAUUUUCAUCUACAUCCUAUUCUUUCUAAUGGAAGGUGGAUUUUCAUUACAUUUUUACGUUUGUGGUUUAGGUAGGACAGGUGAGCUGAAAAUAGUUUCAUAAGUACACUAUAUGUGCCUUUACAUUUUUUCCAUUCUACUUAAGGUAUGUGGUUUUUUAAGCGUCUCAAAUUUCAGUUUGGUUUGAUUUAAUGAUUUAUCACUGUCUGAAACACUAGAGUUGUACUACUUGCAGGGGAAUUCCAGACAGAGUUCAUCC